AUGUGUGUCACUUUUGUGUGUGUUACUUUUGUGACUCAUGUCGCGUUUGCGGAAGAGAAGGUCGUCAUGUGCUACUAUGGAACCUGGGCGACAUAUAGGAGUGGCUUGGGCAAAUUUGACGUUGCCGACAUCAACAUAGACUUAUGCACACACAUAAUUUACACGUUCGCUGGAAUCGAUUCUCAAGGAAAUGUUAUUUCAUUAGAUCCGUACUUAGAUUUGCCUGAUAAUUCGGGAAAAGAUAACUUUCGAAAAUUCACUUCACUUAAACAUCAAAAUCCAAACCUAAAAACUAUAUUGGCAGUUGGAGGAUGGAAUGAAGGAUCUGCAAAGUAUUCAACAAUGGCAGCAAGUUCGGCACUUAGAAAGAAUUUCAUAGUUAGUGCAUCAAAAAUUGUCCAAGAGUACGGCUUCGAUGGCUUGGACCUUGACUGGGAAUACCCUAACCGUCGCGAUUCUGUCAACGGUCAGAAAGAUGUAAAUAAUUUCUCACAACUUUUAAAAGAAUUAAGAGAAGAAUUUGAAAAACAUGGACUAAUAUUAACGGCUGCAGUAUCUUCGGUAAAGGAUGCAGCAUCUCUAUCUUAUGACAUACCUACUAUUGUUCAAUAUUUGGACUUUGUAAAUAUAAUGACAUAUGAUAUGCAUGGCGCUUGGGAUGGAGAAACAGGACACAAUGCUCCACUUCAUAAGGGCCAAGGAUAUGAAAAUGUAGCCAAAGAUCAAGUAUACUCUGUAGAUGUUGCUUUGGAAUAUUGGCUUGGACAAGGUUGUCCACCUGAAAAGUUAGUCCUCGGCUUACCAUUAUAUGGCCAAACAUUUCAAUUAACCAAUGCCAAUAACAACGGUGUAAGAGCUCCGUCUAAUGGACCAGGAAUUGCUGGCCCUUAUACUGCCACUAACGGAAUUCUUGGUUACAAUGAAUAUUGUCAAAAAUUUCGAAAAGAAAUUUGGGAGCAGCAGUACGACGCCUUGGCCAAAGUACCUUACGCUAUUCAAGGACAAAAUUGGGUGUCCUACGAUGAUGCUGAUUCCCUUACAGCCAAAAUUGAUUAUGCUUUAAAAUAUAAUAUAUCUGGAGUUAUGGUGUGGAGCAUUGAGACAGAUGAUUUUCAUGGAAUAUGUGAUAGUGAAGAUUUUCCCUUACUUAGAUCUAUAAAUAGAGCUGUAGGACGAUCUAUUUUGCCUCCUCCUACUUUGACGCCACCGAUAUCAUCAACGACCGUUACGACUACGCCAAUAUCUACAACUAUAUCUGAAAAUCCAAAUACUACAGUGGUUAUAACAACCGUCCCUCCGACUACUUCAGAAAACCCUGAAGAACUUAUAACUUGUGAAUUUGAAGGGUUUAUGAGAAACCCGUUUGAUUGUACGUCUUUUUAUAUCUGCGUUGCAGAUUUAAAUGGAGGAUUGGUACCAAAACUUUUCCAAUGCCCAGUUACCCUAUAUUGGGAUCAAGAACGCAAAUAUUGUAACUACCCUGAUCAAGUUCAGUGUGACAUCAGAUAU